ACCACAUUGGACCUGGAGAUCGGUGUUCUCAUUUCAGCUCUGCUGACUGGCUUUCUGCAAGCUAUCUUCCCUCCCCAGACCUCAGUUUCCCUCUCUGCUGAGCCAGAAGAUGUCUAAAGCCCCCUUUGGUUCCACCCUGAGAGCCUGUCUCCAUACCCCAACUUCUCCCCCAGUUCGGAGAACCCAGGCAUCCAGUUGCCCCACCCCAGCUCUGGGUAAACAGGAAGCUGGGUGAGGGGAGCUGGGGUGUGUGGAAAGUCCCAGCCAGGUGUGUAGGUCUACAGGGAGGGGGUGGCCCCAUCCCUGAGGUAUGAAAGCCCCCGCUCUGCCUCUGGUUCAGUCUCAAUGGGGGCAAUGGGGCUGGAGGGCAGGGGUGGGAGGCUCCAGGGGAGGGGCUCCCUCCUGCUGGCUGUGGCAGGAGCCACAUUUCUGGUGACCCUGUUGCUGGUGGUGCCUAUCACUGUCCUGGCUGUGCUGGCCUUGGUGCCCCAGGAUCAGGGAGGACUGGUAACGGAGACCGCUGACCCCGGGGCACAGGCCCAGCAAGGACUGGGGUUUCAGAAGCUGCCGGAGGAGGAGCCAGAAACAGAUCUCAGCCCCGAGCUCCCAGCUGCCCACCUCAUAGGCGCUCCGCUGAAGGGGCACGGGCUAGCCUGGGAGGCCGCGAAGGAACAGGCGUUUCUGAGCAGCGGGACGCAGUUCUCGGACGCCGAGGGGCUGGCGCUCCCGCAGGACGGCCUCUAUUACCUCUACUGUUUCGUCGGCUACCGGGGCCGGGCGCCCCCUGGCGGCGAGGGUCCCCGGGGCCGCUCGGUCACGCUGCGCAGCUCGCUGUACCGCGAGGGGGGCGCCUACGGGCCGGGCACUCCGGAGCUGCUGCUCGAGGGCGCCGAGACCGUGACCCUGGUGCUGGACCCGGCCGGGAGGCAAGGGUACGGGCCUCUCUGGUACACGAGCGUGGGGUUCGGCGGCCUGGUGCAGCUCCGGAGGGGCGAGAGGGUGUACGUCAACAUCAGUCACCCCGAUAUGGUGGACUUCGCGAGAGGGAAGACCUUCUUUGGGGCCGUGAUGGUGGGGUGAGGGGCUAUGACUGCGUGAUGCGAGUGUGUGAAUAUUGGGGGCCCGGACGCCCAGGACCCCAUGGCAGUGGGAAAAAUGUAGGAGACUGUUUGGAAAUUGAUUUUGAGUCCGAUGAAAAUAAAGAAUGGAAAGCUUCAGUGCUGCUGAUACAGGU